CCCGCCGCCCCAAAGCCGCAAAAUGGCGGACACAAUGAGCCGGAAUUGCCGCCGCCUCUUUCCCGCAGCCUGAGUGGAAUCCGCCCGAGGGCAAAAGUCGCUUCGGUCCUUCGCCGGCUCGGCCUUCUUCUCCCGUUCCCCCGUCCCCGCCGCAGGCUAGCCCUGCCCGACUCCGUUUUCCCCUCACCUUAGCCGGAGCGCAGGCCCCGCCGGCUCCCUUUCCCCGCGGCGGCGGCGGCGGCGGCAUGAAGCUGACGGACAACGUGCUGCGGAGCUUCCGCGUGGCCAAAGUGUUCCGCGAGAACUCGGACAAGAUCAACUGCUUCGAUUUCAGCCCUAAUGGCGAGACCGUCAUCUCCAGCAGCGACGACGACUCCAUCGUGCUCUACGACUGCCAGGAGGGAAAGCCCAAGAGAACACUUUAUAGUAAAAAAUAUGGAGUUGAUCUCAUCAGAUACACUCAUGCUGCCAACACAGUUGUUUACAGUUCCAAUAAAAUAGAUGAUACUAUCAGAUAUCUUUCUCUUCAUGACAAUAAAUACAUUAGAUACUUUCCAGGACAUAGCAAGAGAGUUGUUGCUUUAUCUAUGUCUCCAGUGGAUGAUACCUUUAUAUCUGGCUCACUUGAUAAGACCAUCAGACUUUGGGAUCUCCGGUCACCAAAUUGUCAGGGUCUGAUGCAUCCACAAGGAAAACCUGUAUGCUCAUUUGAUCCAGAGGGGCUGAUUUUUGCAGCAGGGGUCAAUUCAGAAAUGGUGAAACUUUAUGAUCUUCGCUCCUUUGAUAAGGGUCCAUUUGCUACCUUUAAGAUGCAAUAUGACCGAACCUGUGAGUGGACCGGCCUAAAGUUCAGCAAUGAUGGAAAACUCGUUCUUAUUUCAACUAAUGGAGGGAUCAUACGACUCAUUGAUGCCUUUAAAGGAGCGGUUCUUCAUACGUUUACAGGAUAUAAUAAUAGCAAAGCUGUCACAUUGGAAGCUUCAUUCACUCCAGAUUCUCAGUUUAUAAUGAUUGGAUCAGAGGAUGGGAAGAUUCAUGUCUGGAAUGGAGAGACUGGAAUGAAGGUAGCAGUGCUUGAUGGGAAACACACGGGACCCAUUACCUGUUUGCAAUUCAACCCCAAGUUUAUGACAUUUGCCAGUGCAUGCUCCAAUAUGGCCUUUUGGUUGCCAACUAUAGAUGACUAGUCUGAAUUCAUCACUUCCAGUAGACAGUUUCCAUACUGUAUUGAAAGCAAUGCAGUAUUUAUAAAGACAACAGUGAAAGUAUUGGAAUUGUGUCAGCUGGAGAUGAAUAUUCCUACCCAGCACAUUCUGCAUGUAUCUCCUUUUGUCAAGCUCUUUCCUGAAUCUCCUACAAAGGAUUUCUUCAUGUGACUAUACAGUUACUGUUCUGAAAAUCUGAACAUCUCUUCCAACAUCAAAUUGAAGCAGAACUAUUACAGCUGAAAUCAACUAGCAGCUUUGCUUUGGAGUACAUUCUGAAAGAAUUUUUGCCAGUCCUUUGUUUUUGUAGAUGACUUAUAAACUCCCGGGAUUUUGGACUUGGUUAAAAGUAUAUUUUUUAACAUAUUCUGUCCCAUUUGAAAUAUCAGCAGUAUCCAUGCUGUGUACUCUUGUGCUAUAUAAAGAUACCUUUGUGCCAUACAUACAUACACACAUACAUUUAUACAGAGGGGCAGAAAGAUCAAUAUCAAUUGCUAGGGGGACAUAGUUAUACGAUCUGAAGAGAAACCAGAGUAUGGGGACAUUGUUAAAGAUGUUUAGCUUUUAAGUGCUCCAACAGGUUCUGAAUCUUUAGGAAGCCGUACGAUCCUCUUUGCCAUGGGCAGCUUCUGAAAUGAACAGAUAAUUGGAGUGUUUGGGUAGAAUGCCAAGCAAUACAGAAGUCUCAGCUGGACUGGAUGGAAAUGCACUUCCUCUUCUUUCAGUGUAUCUUUGCAGAUUUUUAUAAAUACAGGGAAGGGGAGGAGAAUGAGAAAGGGUCACUAUUGUUUUUUAACUAGCAGGUAUUAAAAAAAGUGAUAUUGGACCAACACAGUAUUCUGGAAUUAGUGUUAGUGUACUUGUCUUUCUCAGAGCAUUCCAAGUUUCUGUUCUUCCAAGUACCAACUUAUAUUCCACUCUUCACAGUGCAACUAGUACAGCUCCUCCCUCUUGCCUACACAGGAGAUCUCCAUUCAUUAAGCACUGGGAUAUUCUGUUUAUGGAAAUUAGCCUUUUCAUUAGUGGGUUGGAUGAAAUUGUAUAAUUACCAGCUGAUCUCAUUUUUAUUUCUGCUGGUAAUUAUACAGUUUCAUCCAAGCCCGUGUUUAUUCACUGCAGUAGAAUGAAGGGCCCCGUUUUAACUUUGUCUAAGCAUUUUUUCCAAGGCAACAGAAAAUUUAAAUUCGUGUUUUUAUCUUCAUAAGAUUUUGAUUUUAUAAUAUUGAUGCUGCAUUUCCUAUAAAUGUUAAUUGUGUUGUAUCAACUACUAUAAUCUUCAGCAUCUGAUAACAAUCUAUACACUUUAAAAACUGCAUUUCAUAGAAGCAUAAUUUCAAUGCUUCAUGCUCUAGUUUUUUUUUAAUAUUAAGAUGCUGCUGUCUUUUCCAUCCAUCAGAACAUUUGGAUAAUAUCAGCACCCUUCUUUAGUACACCUGGCUUUGCUCAGAAGUAUUCAUAUUCUGUGGAGAUGUUUGCAUUAUUGGUAUAUUGUACUAAACCCUCCAUGGAGUUGAGAGGCACGAGUCAGCCUGAGCAAUAUAAUUGGGGAAGUUUGUUUUGGUGAAUAAAAGAAGGGGAGGGGGAAUUUCCUAGCUGAUAUUAAGCUGACUGUUGGAUUUAUAUUUAAACUGGGUUUUGUGUUUAUGCUCAACAGUUUAUAUCCAACAGUAAGAUUUUUCCUGAGCCAGCUAGCAUCUAAUAAUACAGAUAACUCCAGCUUAGGGAAUUACUGUAGAUACAUCAAUGUUCUACCUCUUGGUUUGUUCUUUGUGAAAGAUUUUGCAAGCCAAUGAGCGGCAAUUUUGGGACACAUGGCAGGAUUGUUUUUGCAAUGCCGGUUGCGACAAUUAAUUGCACAAUAUACUAUAUGUUCUUUUUUAUGGCCAGUUUUACUAGAUAUCAUUUAAUCAAUUUUAUGCUUGUUCAUAAUUUCAGCAUUUCUUCAGUAAUGCAAAUCAAUAGAAACAUCUUUUUAAGAAAUGAAUACACUUUUGAAUACACUGCCCUUGACCUAGAACUGGUUUUUGUUUGAGUAAAAGUUAAUUUUUUACUGGGAAUUGAUUGUGGGAUCGUUUUUUUUUCCUUUAGAAAUGUUAUCAUUUGCAAUGUAUUCUGAUUUCUUACAUUAUGCAUUCUAAUAACAUACUGCAUUUUUACAUCUGUAUUUUUAUAAAUAUUUCCAGUCAAGAAUAAAUUACAGUAUUAGGUAUAAGACAAGAUUGCUCUCCUGUAUGAAUUGUUUUUUUAUAUUUCUUUUUAAUUUCAUCUCUAAGCACAUGCUUAUGUCAAAAUACAUUGGUUGGCUAUUUUAUUACUGUUUUAAAAGCAUAAAAUCUGAAGCAGCUCAAGAUAGUAAGAUAAAUCCUUGUUAUGCUUUUUACCAAGUUUUUUUUUGUAAUCCAGAACAAUUGAUCCACCAAGUCAAAUUCUCUUAUCCUGCUGCUCCAAAAAUCUGUAACUGUAAAUUAAUUACUUUCAAAAGUGUUUAAGAAAUUAUUGCACCACUGCUAUGAGGUUGUUUGAAAUCCUUCCAUUCCCAGCCACUUACUCAUGACCCAACUACAACCUUAGUUGCUGCAGUCUGUUCACAAGGCAUAACAAUCCAGAGUGCAAGUGGGCAAUCUCACAAUCUCUCCUUUAUCGAGAAAGCCUGCUGACUAGAAUUUAACUGGCUGCCAAUCUCUGCCAGUGCAGUCCCAGCUCCUUCAAAGAUAUUUAGUCCAUCAUGAAUUUAUCAUAGCAAAAAGUAUCAAGUCAUCAAAAUAUACUUUGUGCAAAUGACUAAAUUAAGGAAAUUAACAUAGGUAAAAAUUAUUGAAAAUAUUUGUCAAUGACAAGACUAUAAUUUCCAAUGUAAAAGAACAAUGCUUCAGCUUAGUUAAUUAAAAAAAUCCACAAUAGUUGGCAUUUAUAA